AUGCAGAUGACUGCGCCUUCUGAAGAAAUCCAGAAGGUAUCUGAAGAAAUCCGAAAGGAGGAAGAACGGCAAGUUGCCGGUGCUGAAGAACGAGCUGCUGUACAAGAGACGGAAGUGCCAGCGCAACCACCAGUGCCGCCUCCACGAAAAUUACUCGAAGAGAAGAAGGAAGCAACAGAGCAACUCACCUCUGAAUCGACACUCAAAAUGAAAACUACAACACCGGAAAUGGAAGAAAGUCAGGAAGAAGUUGGAACCGAUUUGCACAUCGAAGGAGCAUCGGAUAAGGUGGCUACUGUCGAAAAACAGAUGGAAUCUGCUACUUUCGCAAAAGUCACACAUGCAAAGACGGAAAACAUCGUCGUCACUGCAAUUUCUCCAAUAGAGCAGUUUAGCGAAGAGUCUACAACCAUAGAUGCACGGCGGCCAAAUGCUCAUUUCAGCCAUGCGGUCACAGUAGUCGAGCCUGAGGUUAGCUUACCGAAUUCUAGAAUUCGGAAGUUUCGGGAUAUUUGCACUUGGUCGAAAUGAAC